GCCCGCUAAAUAAAAACGCGUCUGAUACCUAAAGAAAUCGGAGAUUCAGAAAUAGAAUUUCAAGGCAUAGAACCUUGAAACCAUUACCACCAUAACGUUAUCCACCUUGAUUGAAUUUAAAUUUAUUAUAAUUCCUACUCCUUUCAACUGCCAAUCGCUAUCCAAAUCGUUGUCCACGUAUCAUAUGCCUUUCCUUCGUUCUCUCGAAGCUUCGCAAUUUAGAACAAGAUAUUACUGGAUCGCAUUGGGUUAUGUUCAAGGGGAGAAGGUAGAGGACGACGAACAAGAAAGAAGUUCUGCAGCAUUAGGAUAUGGCAUCUGCCACCCAUCGUCGAGUGGCCAAGGCGCCCUUCCAGAUUCACCAAGACCAGCCUAGGGGCCAGACUUCAGACACCGAGGAGUCUGCACAGAGCCAGACACGAAGAACUGACGAAGAAUACGACGACCAUGAUGACCAUGAUGACCACGACUAUUUAUUAGGGGAAGAGGGCGAAGAUGAAGAACAAGAAAACCCAGCCGAGGAAGACGACGGCUGCGAAACCGACUCCUCUGACGAUACCGACGAGAUCGACCUCAGUGUUCAGCAUGACAUGGACAAAUUACAAACCGCCUUUCCCAACUUCAAAGAUAACUAUCGUCUAAUAAAGCGCAUCGGCGAAGGAACUUUCUCUACCGUCUACAAAGCUGAAGAUAUACAAUAUCAUCGGUACGAGAACCGUUGGGAUAUGGACGCGUUAGAAAACCAAUGGAGACCUCCGCCCCUCAGGAAUUCCCGGUCCAACUCCGUUUCUUCUCGCACCCGCCAAAAGCCAAAGUUUGUGGCGAUCAAGAAAAUCUACGUAACUUCUUCGCCCGCUCGCAUCCUCAACGAGCUCGAACUCCUCCACGAUCUACGAGAUUCCCACUCUGUCUGUCCCCUCAUCACGGCCUUCCGUGAAGCAGACCAGGUCCUCGCUAUCCUUCCCUACUUCCGCCACCAAGACUUUAGAAAAUACUAUCCCCACAUGAGCGUCUACGAUAUGAGAGUGUACUUCCGAUCCCUCUUCACAGCUCUCGCUGCCGUACACGAAAAAGGCAUUAUACACCGCGAUAUUAAACCUACCAACUUUCUCUACGAUCCCGACAAGAAGCGCGGAGUUCUAGUAGACUUCGGAUUGGCCGAGCGGGAGGGCUUAGAUACCAAACCAUGUAUUUGCCAUGAUGAUCGACAAGUGAGGAAGCAGAAACUGCAGCAGUCUGUCGCAUUCAGCUCGGUCCAAGCUGGUCCGCAGCCAGGCUACCCAGUGAAUGAUACCCGUCCUUCUCGUCGCGCCAACAGAGCGGGCACCCGUGGGUUCCGGGCACCCGAGGUUUUAUUCAAAUGUACGGAGCAAACGACUAAGAUAGAUAUCUGGUCUGCCGGUGUCAUUUUAUUAACUAUUCUCUGCAAACGGUUCCCUUUCUUCAAUAGCGCAGAUGACGUCGAGGCACUAAUUGAGAUCGCCACUAUAUUCGGCUCAAAAAAGAUGAAGAUGGCGGGCCAACUGCACGGCUGCGUCUUCGACACCAAUAUACCUACUAUCGGCGAGAGGGGCUUUACUUUCGAAAAGAUCAUGCUAUGGAGCACGUGUAGGAGCGAUGUGAGCAAGGAUGGUAGACCCAGCACAUUGACCGAAGAGGAGAAGGGCGCCAUCGAGUUUUUGACAAGGUGUAUGGAAUUGGACCCGACGAAGAGGAUCAGCGCUAAACAGGCGCUGGUGCACGAAUUUUUACAGAUUGAUGCGGAUACGGAGCCGGAGCCAGAACUAGAAGACGAUGUAAUGUUGUUAUGAUAGCUCUGAAUAGGAUCCUGGAAUUUAUCUAGGGCGCUAUAAGGGAUGUAAUAUCACUUCGAAUCUGGGACGAGCAGAAGCCAACCUGCUUCAUAAUCGUACUCUUAUGGGUUUCAGGACUACGAGCAUGGUGGACCCUAUACGUACGACAUCGAUGUCACGCACAUGGUGUGUAGAGUGAUAUCAGACGCUUACUCGGCUAUGGGGAUAAAAAGGA